AUGGAUGCGUCGUCAUCCUCGAUCCAGUACGGAUCAAAAAAGCGGGUUAAGAUUCACCCGAACACAGUGACAGUGAAAUACGCCACCCACUUCCCCCAGCCCGGUGAUGAAGGGUAUGACGAUGCGCCCUCUUUUGAGGAAUUCGGUGCCUUUGCGGAGGCAAAUGUCGGGAAAAGGCUGGUGUCGGACACCAAAGGUGGACGAACUUUUUUCGGAACGAUGGAGACCCAACCAAAGCAACCAAGUGUGCAAAGAGACAAGGGGGUCGAGGGUCAGCUGGCAAGCUUUGGAGAGGCGAAUGUGCUGGCGUCCAGAGUGACCUGGAUGGCACUUUUCGGGGCAGCGGUGGCUCACGGUUGUGUGGCGCUGAUUACUCGUCUGGCAGCAGACCGCUCUAAGGUUCCGUCCCUCGAGCUUCUCUUCAUCCGCUCUGUGAUUCAAGUGCUGUCCAUCCUGGUGGUCUUCUACUACCACGAGGCCCCCUUUGGCCCUAAGGGCUACCGGCUCCGUCUCUUCUUCUAUGGUGUCUGCAACGUUAUCUCAAUCACCUGCGCCUACACGUCCUUUGCCAUAGUCCCCCCCAGCAAUGGCACCAUCAUGUGGCGGGCCUCCACCACCGUCUUCAGUGCGAUACUGGCCUUUCUGCUGUUGGAUGAGCGGCUGGGCUACACCGAUGUGGUCACAGUGGUGGGAAGCGUGUUCGGUUUGUGCCUGGUCAUGGUGCCAAAUGUAGCGGAUGAGGAAAAGUCCAGGCUGGGGUUUUGGAAGGAGGCCUUUGGCUACACAAUGACAGUGAUGGCCGGCUUGACCGCUGCUCUCUCUAUGAUUGUUUACAGAGCCAUCAAGGAGCGCGUCAGUAUGUGGACGGCACUUUUUACCUUCGGCUGGACUGGCACCGUGUGGGGUGCCUCCACCAUGUUCGUCAUGCAGGAGCCCAUCAUUCCUCUAGACGGGGAGACCUGGGGCUAUUUAAUUGGGAUCUGUAUCUGCUCUACGGUGGCGUUCCUCGGAGUUUACUACGCUCUAAAUAAGUUUCAUCCGGCCUUAGUUAGCACCGUACAGCACCUCGAAAUCGUGGUUGCCAUGUUUCUGCAGCUCAUUGUGCUGAGGAUGGUCCCGUCUGUGUACGACGUCAUUGGGGGCCUGGUCAUCAUGGUCAGUGUGUUUACUCUGACAGGAGUCAAGCUGUACAGGCUGGACUGCCAAGUCUCCCAUGACCCUUUGCUGCUAGGCUGCCGUUUUGUUAUGAGAGAAUCCAGGACGGUGGGGAUGGGAUGCAGUCUCAUGGGCUUUGCGCCGGUGCGGCUCGCUGCUGAAAAAGAGCACGAGCGCCGACUCGCUGCUCCGCCGCCGUCCUCCGGCCACAGCCCUGCGGCUGAAAUGAAAGUUUUGCUGCGAGUUGGUGGAAGCGCGGCCGUGCCAGAGGGGCUGAGUUAG